AUGGAGGAUACACACUCAGACACAAGAUACACUCAGACACAAGAUACACUGAAAUCGACCAAGAUACACUCAGACCAAGAUACACCCAGACACAAGAUACACUCAGACACAAGAUACACUCAGACACAAGACACACUCAGACUCAAGACACACCAGACACAAGAUACACCCAGACACAAGACACACUCAGACUCAAGAUACACUCCACACUCAAGACACACUCAGACACAAGAUACACUGACAAACGACCAGAUCUCAGACAGGACCAAGAUACCCACAGAACCCAGCAAAGAUCCCAGACAGACACAGACCAAGACACUCAGACACAAGAUACACUCAGACAAGACACACUCAGACUCAAGAUACCUCACACUCAAGACACACUCAGACACAAGAUACACUCAGACACAAGAUACACAGACCAAGAUACACCAGACACAAGAUACACUCAGACACAAGAUACACUCAGACACAAGAUACACUCAGACACAAGACACACCAGACUCAAGACACACCCAGACACAACUCAGACAAGAUCACCACGCACCCAGACACAAGACACACUCAGACACAAGACACACUCAGACACAAGACACCUCAGACUCAAGACACACUCAGACACAAGAUACACUCAGACUCAAGAUACACUCAGACACAAGAUACACUUACCCUUACGCCUUUGGAAUCCUCAGAACUGUCCUUGCUGCAUCGAUUCCCAAGUCGAAUCCCGACGGCUCAGCACACGACAGUCCGACGGCUCAGUACACACGAGACAGUCCGACGGCCCAGCACACGACAGUCCCGACGGUCCAGCACACGACAGUCCCGACGGUCCAGCACGACAAUCCCAGCCGACAGUCCGACGGUCAACACGACGUCCCGACGCAGCACGACAGUCCGACCCAGCACGACAGUCCCGACGUCCCAGCACGAGGACGACAGUCCGACGGUCCAGCACGACAGUCCGACGUCCCAGCACGCGACAGUCCGACGGUCCAGCACGACAGUCCCGACGUCCCAGCACACGUCCCGACGGUCAGCACACGACAGUCCCGACGGUCCAGCACGACAGUCCCACGGCCCAGCACGACAGUCCCAACGGUCCAGCACACGACAGUCCCGACGGUCCAGCACGACAGUCCCGACGUCCCAGCACACGACAGUCCCGACGUCCCAGCACACGACAGUCCCGACGUCCCAGCACACGACAGUCCCGACGCCCAGCACACGACAGUCCCGACGGCCCAGCACACGACAGUCCCGACGGCCCAGCACACGACAUAA